AUUUAAAAGAAAUGUAGUCUACAAUUUAAAUACUUUAGUUUCUAGAUAAAACAUCACAUGAAUCGACCUGCCAGUUUUUCCUUCUCGGUCUGACAGUCUGUGCUCUCUCCUCUCUCUCUCUCUCCGCCAACCCUCCACACACACUUACAGAUUUGUCUGCACCUAUGUUCUAAAAUUCCAUUAAUUUUGCAGUCCCAAUCAAGAUUUUGUUUCACCAAUUAUUCGUAAACUCCAACAGGAGAAGUUCACAUAUAGAAGUUGCCAUUUCACUCCAGAUUUCCUUCUUCCAUUUUCUCACACAAACUAACGAUUACACAAUUCUAUUAUCCUUCUUCAUUCACUUCUCACAUUUUGAGCUUCCAGAUCUUGGAACCUUUUGUUGUUUCUUCACCACUAAGCUCCAUCUUUACCCCAACCAACAAUCAUUACUCAAUGAGAAAUGGAGCACAAACAUAAACUCAUACUACUCGCAACUCUAACCCCAUUGUCACUCUUAACAAUUAUUUUCCUCGCAAUUUUUUGUUUCAGAAGAAGAAAAUCAGAAAAUGAUGGCAGAGAUGUAGAAUCCAAGUUAGAGCGCAAGGGAGGAGAUGAGGAUCUGGUGAAAUUUGAGGGCGGUGAGGAUCUUAGUGUGGUGGAAAUUCUUGAGGCACCUGGUGAAGUUAUUGGGAAAUCGAGUUAUGGGACAUUAUACAAAGCUAAUUUGGUUAAUUUAAACUGUGUUACGUUGCUUAGAUUCUUGAGGCCUACUUGUACAUUGAGGAUAGAAGAGGUUAUGCCUGCUAUUGAGCUGCUGGGGUCUGUUAGGCACCCCAAUUUGGUGCCUCUCAAUGCUUUUUAUGCAGGACCCAGGGGGGAGAAGUUGAUGGUUCUUCCGUUUUACAGCGGCGGAAAUUUGGCUGACUUCAUUAGAGGUAAAGAUAGCAACGGCGAGGUUUAUAAAUGGACUACCAUAUGCAGAAUCUCCAUUGGUAUUGCUAGAGGAGUUCACCAUCUUCAUACAGCUCUGAAUAAACCGAUAGUCCAUGGCAACCUCAAGUCAAAGAAUAUAUUAUUGGGUGCCGACUACCACCCAUAUGUCUCAGAUUUUGGCGUGCGCAUGGUGUUGAAUCCGGCUACACGACAGAAAAUGGUUGAAGCAUCUGGAUUCGAGGGUUAUAAAGCCCCCGAGCUGAUUAAGAUGAAAGACGUCUCUGAAGAGAGUGAUGUCUACAGCUUAGGGAUUAUAUUUCUGGAAUUACUAUCUGGGAAAGAAGCAGUUAAUGAGAGCGAUCAAGACUCUUAUCUGCCAGGUGCCAUGACAAGUGCAGUUCUUGAUGACCGACUUAAAGAUUUGUAUCAUCCAAACAUUCUUGUUGGUCUUAGCAACGAUGAGAGGGUGGUUACAGAAGAUGAUGUUCUCAGAUAUUUUCAGCUUGCAAUGGCGUGUUGCUCGCCAACACAACGUCUCCGGCCUAAUAUGAAGCAGAUUCUCGACAAGCUUGAAGAAAUGGGGAAGUGAAGAUCGUGGGUGUUCCUCUUUUUCGGUGCUGAAAGUCAUUGCAAGAAGAGGAUGUUCGACCCUGGUCAACUCGAUCAUAACUUUGACUUCUAGGCUGAACAUGGGAAACACUAACAUAGGUUGUGAUGAAAGUUUCAUCCAGGCACGUUUGCAUCAGCAAAAGGAUGAUCUGUCAAAGCAAAACGAGACUGAGUUUUGCCUAAGGUGAGACCAAUUCUCAAAUCAUAACUGCUGUUGUUACAAUCAAGGAUGCACAGUUGACGUCUAACUAUCUUGAUUCCGACAGUUCGACAAGAAAAAGGGAAAAAGAAAAACAAGAAGACUACAUUGUUGAAGUAUGAAGAGCUCUCUCCUGGUUAAUGUUAUUAGACAGAUGGACUUCUUUUCAUUUGCUGGCUUGAUAGAUAAACCCAACGUUUCCGGCAGAAGCUAGGCAGUUAGAGACUGAGGACGGGCAAAAGCGUGAUGUUUUGCUGCAAAUUCUCGAGGAGACAAUAGUUAUAACACUUUGCUUAAACUUCACUUGCGAAAGAGAUGAAACACCACAAGUCCAGCUACACAAUAUCAUCUUGGGUAAAAAUGUGUAGUCCAAACUCAUAUUCGAUGGUAUCUGAUGUUGGAUUCGGGCAUGAGUGCUAUCUUAUGGAUCUAGACCGUGAGACAGUUUCGAAUAAGACUCAUUUCUGUAACUUAGUCUAGUUCAAAAUAGGAAUGUUAACCAUUCUUCUUCAACGGAUGACAUUUUUUUCUUCUAGGGUGUAGGCCUUUAAGAGGAUCCUCGUCUUGCAUACUUUAUGUUUUGUAAUUGGAUGCUAUUGAAAUUGUCACCUAUUCAUCUACUAUA